AUGAGCGAGUCAUUGAAUUUAGCAAAGGAAACUACCAUUUCCAAAUUGCUAGAGAUGGACUCGGCCUUAGACGCCAGUUUGAACGACUGGGACGAAGAGUUUUCCGCAGGAUCAAGCACAACACGUGCGGAGAAGCACAAAGGCUCGCUGUCAAAAGACGCAGAGCCCACUUCUGGGACUAAAGAUCCCCCAAAAUCACUUAAAUGUGAUGACAAGUUGCAAAAGAAGAG